UUUCUUGAUUUUACAAACAAUGUGUCAAAGAAAUCUCAAUUUAAGAUUGACAUUCUAAAACAAUUUUUACCUUAUGUCAAGAAGUGUAGAUAUGAUAAUUGUUCGAAAAUGGUGCGGGCGAGUUUUCAAUGAACUGCAAAAUGGGUAGGAUUUUGAUAUGCUAUAUUACAACUUGAUCAAAUUUUUGCUAUGAAAAUGAUUAUUAUUUUAAAAUCAUCAUAAUUCGAAUAUAAUACGCAGUCGAACCCUUUGCCACCCCGUACAGGUUACUAUCUAAAUGUCGGCAACGGAUCACGUCAGUAACCUUAUGAUGAGUAACCAUGAGUAACUCGUCAACAUCAGCAUCCCUCUCUCUCUCUCUCUCUCCUAAAAGCCUUAAAAUUUUCCCUCCUUAAUCUUCGACAGACGAUUUCUCACUCGUUUUAAGUCGAAAUUUAAUAUUUUUUUGCAGAGUUAGAUCAGAUUAAUUGUGCUCUUCAAAAUGAUAUCAACUUUGAUAUAUUUUUCGAACAAAAAAAAUUGAGUCAUUUUUUACCAGUCUAUAUCAUAUGGUAUUGACUGGUAUUGAAAUAAGAGCAUACCUAUGGUUUGAAAAGUGUACCAUGGUGGUAUGAACAAACCAAGACUGUAGGAUGGUUGAAUACAUGAUAGUAGAAGUAUAUUACCUGUCAUUUACGACUUUUAACAUUGUGUACCACAAGAUAUCACCCCGUACCAGGGUGGUAUUGUAUGGUAUUGUGUGGUAUUUUUUGGUCCUGUAAUUUGUCCACCCAGAAAUUUGUAGAUCCAAUAGAUCAUGAUGAACUCGUUCAUUCUGUGCAAACGUUUUCAAAAACGAAUUAAAAACGAAGAAUAUAUCAUAUGGUAUGCAGUUGGUACCGAGAGGCAAGAAUUUAUUUUUCUCAAAAAUAUUGAAAAUGUAUCUCCUUUUGUAGAGCACAACGAACUAGUUCCCAUCAGUGCAAAAAAAAAACGAAUUAAAACGAAGAAGAUAUGAGCCGAUUAAGAAAACUAGGAAAAAUAAAAAUAACAUUUAAUUCUUCGUCUUUAGAUCUGAUUUUUCUAAAUGAAGGGUACAUAUUUAGUUAUUGAUAGGUUAUGCACCUAUCUUCACCUCAAAUGUCCAUCAUAUAUGAAAUCUUCAAAUGCUCUAAUGACUGUCCAUCGUGGGUUUUUAUAAUUUUCGACCAUAUAUUGAAUAUGCAUCCGAUGACAAAUAGGUUGUCACAUACGCGUGUAACCAACAACAGUAAAUCACACUCGGUUUCCCCAACCCAAUAUGAUGGGGAAUGGGAAUGGGAAUUGGAAUUGGGAAUCAUGGCCGGCCAGAUUGACCUAACUGAAAGUGAUAAUUCCGUAUGGUCGGUUCAGGAAAAUGAAAGGAACAAAUAAUGAAUGAGUGUAAGUCGUAAAAUAAAAAAAUAAAAAACGACUAUUGGAGUGUGACAGAAGCCGUCUCGUGGGUCGUAAGCCACCAAUACCAAUAUGUAACUUGUGGGCCUGCCUUUGCGUUUUUGGAUAUAAAACGUCGGCGAUGGGAGGCUAAGUGUUUACUUUUUUGUCUCACCAACUACUCGCUCCUCAACCAUCGUCCCUCAAAAACACUGCCCUCUCUUUUGCUCCAGAAGGAUUGUGUGGGAUAUGACAAAGGUAUACCCAAACUCGGCUUCUCCAACAACAACCCACCAUUCCUCGUCGCGGUGGUCUCGUAACCAGCUCCCCCGGUUGUCAAACGAUCGCUCAGCCGUCGCCGACGACUCGUCACCGUCGGAGCAGGUCGUGCUGACGGUGUGGAAGAAGUCGCUGCUCUUCAACUGCAACGGCUUUACGGUGUUCGAUGCCAGAGGGAACCUCGUGUUCAGGGUCGACAACUACAUGGCAGCCUCCGGCAGCAACGGCGAGAUCCUUCUCAUGGACGCCGCCGGCAAGCCUCUCCUCACCAUCCGCCGCAAGAGGAUGAGCCUGACGGAUAGUUGGCUGGUGUUCGAGGGUGAAACGACCACGAAUCCCAAGUUGUGCGUCAGGAAGAAAGUACUCAAUUCCAAAUGUUUGGCACAGGUGAGCCGUUGCGGCAACAACAACAACAGCAACAUAGCGUACGAGAUAGAAGGAUGUUAUGGUCAGAGAUGUUGCAGAAUGUACGAUUCCAAGAGGCGGAUCGCGACGGAGAUCCGGCAGAAGGAGGCGGCGUUCGGCGGUGGUACUGUUGCUUUUGGGUUUGAUGUCUUCCGCCUCGUUGUUCGCCCCAACAUGAUCGACACUCCUUUGGCGAUGGCUUUUGUUAUCCUUCUCGACCAGAUGUUUGGAUCUUCCAAACGCUCUCCUCUUUCUUCGCCUCGUUAAUUACUGAGCUUUGUAUUUUGGGGGGGGGGGGGGCGGAAUCAAAUCCAAACGUAACAGUACAAAGUGACAGUACAUUUAAAUUUUCUACAGUAAUUAGUAUGUAAUUUAGUUCCAUACUAUCAUAGAGUGAUUGGCUUCUUCUUUUUCCCCCAUAGAGUUAUUUAUUUAAUGGAUCUAUUUUGAGAAUCUUUUCUUUUAAGUAAUGCGGUGCUGCCAAAAGUAAUUAGGCAUCUUCCCAAAACAUCAAAUAUAAUAAGUGUUAGAACUAGGGUGAUAUGGUACGAUUCUGAUACAGAUUGAAUAAGGUACACGGGAAGCAUAAUAUUCGAUGAGGAGAGAAUUUACUCGUCUUAGAGAGAAGGUAGGAAAAAGCUAAUUUCCUUCUCAGUAAAGUAAAUGCUCUAUUAAUGUGACAAGACUGGCGUAGCGGGAGUUGGUGCGUAGGUUUCUGAGGGAGUUCUUUCGCAGCACGAGUGCUUAAUCGCGAUAUGCGUUGAGGACGCAUUCGCUCUUGUUGUAGUAUGCGCGCUCUAAGCGACCAAGAGGACAACAUCGACAAACGCGGCCAAGUAGUAAUCACCCAAACUAUUGCCCCCCACCAGGAGGUGAUCCGCAGUUGCCUCUUGCGUUUGUCUCUUUUGUCAUGCUUAUCGUGUCACACGUCUUUGCUUGCUUGUUUCGUUGUUUUUCCUUCUAGGGAUGUAAAGAUUGCCCCCCCCCCCCCCCCCCCCCGGCAAGGGGCGAUCCGCGUUUAGUCUUUUGUGGUCCCAAUGCGAGGGAGCUUGACUUGUUGCUCCUUAGGGAAGUGCAGGGAUCUGCUUUACCAGAUGGCGGGUUUGCUCCCCCCCCCCCCCCCCCCCUCCCUAGUCGAGACCGCGCUAGAAGGUGGGGUGUCGACAAUUUUGUCUGACGGUUGCUUUAAGAGAUGAUCACGUGGUGCACUAUGACCCGUGAACAGUAACCUAGAACUUCAGAAGGUAUGUAGUCGUUAAAGGCAGAAAGUAUCGACACACGAGUUGCGGUUUUAGUGCUUUUCGACCGCGAAAAAAAUCACGUCUGUGACACUAAGAUCAUGGUCGUGAUCUCAUGAAGGAGGCGGCGAUCUUGGAAAUUGAAGACGGGAUAAAACGCAUCGUUUUGGGUGAUUCGAAGACGUUCCAAGCUGGUCACGGCUAGGUCACGACCGCGACCAUCGGGUCACGCCCUCGAGGUCGUGACUGCUACCAGCAACCUAUAAAUACUCCAACUAAACAAUCAUCAAAACCAAAUGAUGCAUUGUGGAUAAUACAUGCAUUGUUGACAUUCAAAGAUGAUUUUUAUCUUAUGUUAAAGAAGUGUAGAUAUGAUUUUUCGAAAAUGGUGUGGGCAAGUUUUCAAUGAACAGCUAAACGGGUAGGCUUUUGGUAUGCUAUAUUACAAGUUGAUCAAAUUUUUGCUACGAAAAUUAUUACUAUUUUAAAAUCUAAUUCGAAUAUAUGCACUAGGUUGAUACAUCAAAUAUAAUAAGUGUUAGAACUAGGUUGGUAUAGUAGGAGUCUAAUAUAGAUUGAAUAAGGGACACAGAAAGCAUGAUAUUCAAUGAGGAGAGAAUUCACUCGUCUUAGAGAGAAGGUAGGAAAAAGCUGAUUUCUUUCUUGGUAAAUAAAGUAAAUGCUCUAUUUAUAGUCUCCACCAUGGUAAGUGGCCGGGUAAUUAAUGUGACAAGACUGGCGUGGUAGGAGUUGGUGUGUAGGUUUUCGAUCGAGGUAGUUCUUUCGCAGCAUGAGUGCUUAAUCGAGAUAUGCGAUGAGGACGCAUUCGCUCUUGUUGUAGUAUGUGCGCUCUAAGCAACCAAGAGGACAACAUCGACAAGGGCGGCCAAGUAGUAAUCGGGCGGCCAAGUAGUAAUCACCGCAACUAUUUCCCCCCACCAGGAGGUGAUCCGCGAUUGCCUAUUGCGUUUGUCUCUUUUUCCGUGCUUAUUGUGAAGGAGGUCGCGAUCUCAUGAAGGAGGACGCGAUCUUGGAACUUGAAGAGGGAUAAAACACGUCAUUUUGGUCGAUUUGAAGAUGUUCCAGGAUGGUCACGACUAGGUCACAACCUUGACCAUCGGAUCACGUCCUUGAGGUCGUAACCACUACCAGUAGCUUAUAAAUACUCCCUUUUCUGCACUCGGCAAGAGCGAUCCAGAGUGAGAAAGUUAGAGUUUUGGAGUGUUUUAGAGAGGGGAACACCUUGGGAGAGCUUCAUUGAAGAUCCAAUCCACCCAAGGAACAAUAAGAAGGUGCAAGCAAGGAGAAUAAGAUUGAUUCCAUCACUCCCUCAGUUCUAGUUUUUGUUUACUUUCGCUCUCUAUGACUUGAUUCUCUAAUGGUUGUUUAGGGAAGAUGAACCCUAGUUUAUAGAUUGUGUAUGUAUGGGUUUUGAAUGAAUGUGUUUAUCUAGUUGAUUUUAACGCUUCAUCCACUUUAAUUGUGCUCGUGUAAGUCGCCCUAAUCUUUUAUGCUAGACUACUUGAGCUUCUACGCUGGGUAUGAAUUUUUACGGUUGGACGGGUAUGCGUCAUCUGGCAAAUUAGGGUUAAAUGAAUGAAUAGGGUCUUGUGGUGGACGAGAUGAUCGAACCCUACCACAAGAAUGCCUUCCUAGAUGGAACCCGGGAUGAAAUCUUGGUGUGGACGGUGGGUAGUACCCAUUGAAAGGAGUUAGGUUCUUAAAGCCUCAGAUACGUGAACCUAUACCGAGGUGAUAAUGGGGUAGGUAGGGCGUACUCGGAGGCGUGUGGAUAAUCAUGAAGGCCCACGGAAAAGAGCUCACUCAUCACAUUGCUUAACCCAACAUGAUAACCAUAGCUAGGAGGAUUUGGCCUUAGGAAACCAUCUCAAUUCUAGCAGUCUCCCAACCACUUGGUUGGUUGUUUAUUUUGCCUUUAGGAGUAGGUUAGAUUAGAUUCUUCAACAAAACCUUUGAUUCGAUUAGAUAGUAGUUCAAAGUGAAGUAAUAGUAAGCUUAGGGUUCCCUUGGAAUACAACCGAUGCACUUUACUACAACCCUAGCUAAGUUAUGCUUAGUUUAGUUAGGAUUGAAUAGAGAGUGUGCAUCGACUUAAAAAUUUAAAGCUCGAUCACGCAAGCGAUCAAGUUUUUGGCGUCGUUGCCUGGGAGCUUAUUAGGAAUAACCGAGAACUACUAGUGUAAUCAUUUGUUGUGUGCAUUGUUUGGCGUUGUUUUGUAAUAUUUUGUGUUUUGUGUUUGUGUAGCAUCAAGUCUUUGAUGCUUUUUUCUUUUGUUUUUUGUUUGUGAUAUUGUAUUUUCUUUCUUUUGUUAUGUUCUCUUUAGUUAUCUUGUGUUAAUUGUUUGUUCAUUUUAUGUUUUCUUUUCUUUUUACACUUUUGCUUUCAUAGGUUGUUUUUGUGAAUAAAGAUAAUGUUUAGGUGUAGCUAUGGAUCCAUAUGGGUUGCAUGAGAAAUGGGGAGAUCGCCAACCACCGAAUUGGUGUUAUCUUGAAAAUUCUAGUACUGGUGCUAGCCAAGGAUCCGGGUACGAAGAAAAACCACCUCUCUAUGCCUAUCAAAGGUACCUCCAUGAUUACCAAGCAUCUUCACCAUCAUACCAAGAACCACUCAACAACCUAUGGUAAAGACCGAGUUGGAGAUGGCCAUUGAGGACUUAAGGCGAAUACGCCAUGUCUAGAUGGCCUUGAGACAACUCACUCAACUCCAACCCCCGGAAAUAAAGAGCCUAUACUGAGGUAACAAUGGGGUAGUUAGGGCAUACUCGAAGGCUUGUGGAUAAUCACAAAGAUCCACGAAAAAGAGCUCACUCACCACAUCUGCUUAAACCAACACGACAACCAUAGCUAGGAGGAUUUUACCCUAGGAAACCAUAUCAACCAAACCUUUGAUUUGCUUGGAUAGUAAUAGCAUGACCCAUAGGUGUAGGCAAAACGAUUGAUUGCUUUUCACGGUUCUAUCCUCUACUUUGUCCUCAACCAUUAUUAUCUUUUUACAGGUUUACUUUCGGCUUGUAGCAACUCAACAUUUUCUUUGUCUCACAUCGGGCAAUGAGGGGAGUCAUUUUUAGUGCUAUUUUCGACUACCUAUACCUCGCCCUCGUGUGAAUGGGCCACGACACGAAGAUGACCCACCUUUGUGCGGUAGCUAAACGAAACUAAGUGGGGUCCCCAUAUGCGCAUCACCCUCUAAUUGGCACUCGAUCGGGAGUGGUCACUUUUCAUUAUUACUACUAUGAACUUGUAGAAAAAUUUGAUCAUUUCCUCACAUGUAGACCUUUAAAGAACGAGCUACAACCCUCUUCAUUUAAAGGAAAACUCAAGGUAGUGAUAAAGCAUAGAACCAAGCAAAAACCGUCAAAUGCACACCUUGGAUUCACGCUUUUCAAACAGGUAACCCAUCCAUUCACUCUUCAAACACACAAGACCUGACACAUCGAAGAGUCAAACUUGAUACUUCAUCCUUUGACAUUUCACGCACUGUGUUCCUCGACAUUGAUCAAGUAGGAGAAGCUAAGUUCAAUGAUUCAAAGCAAGUAGUCACAGUGUAUGCUACGGGGUUUACUUAGAACCCUCAAAGUUAAAAUUUUGGAGCAAAUUCUAGGUUCCAAGUAAAUUCCUAUCAUGCUAUUCAACCAUCACAAUCCGUUCCAUUUGUUCACAAUUUCACACUAAAAUAUAUCAAACAUUCAUCAUUAUUUGAGAAAAGUAAUCAACUGACUAUGGUAUUCAUUCGGAUAAACAUCCGGAACUCUAAACAUGAAACUUUCAACCCCCACCCCCCCUCACCCACACACACUUAAGACAUAUUAUCCGUAAUGGGGGAGUUCAAAGAUGAGGUCUCGGAUCGUUGGCAUAGGGGUGUGUUGAAUGUUUGGAUGAUGCACAACUAUAGUCUUCUUUGGAGAUCUAAAGAUAGGAUGUAUUCAAACAACAGUAAUUAAGUACUUGAUAUAGUUAAUAUAAUAUAUAGUUAACUACCCUACAUAAUUACUACUAGUGUCGUUCACACAACAGUAAUUAAGGAUAAGUAAAUGACAAUAACAAAGUUAUAGUUCAAAGAAGCAAAAGGAAAUAAAAUUAAGAAAUUGAUUAAGAAAGGUAAAAUUUAGAAAACAACCAUGUAAUGUCGUCAAUUUAGCUACUCAUCAUCAUAGGACUGGUCAUGGAACCCAUAAAUUGUGGAAAAGGGGUACGCGCAAAGAGAGGAGCAAUAUCGACGAUCAGAAUGUGAAAGUAUUGAAAAAUGGCAUUAUUGCAAGCCAUGAUGUGGUGUCUCACCUUGGCUUCUCGUUUUUGGUUCCUAGCACUGUUGUGAGCAUUUUACUGGCAUAAUGGUUCACUACACUGGAGGUAUUGGGUGUGCCCUGGUUUUGAAAUUUUUGUAAGGAGUUCGGGUCGUCCUAAUGCCUCAGGGCUUGCUCUUCAUGCUCCGCUUCAGCUACUCUUGAUGAUCUUUUUUGGUCUCUUACUUCCACUUUUGAUGCUUCAUAAUAAGCACCCAUGGGGUGGAGACCUAGGUGAAAAUCGUGGAGUCUCUCAGUUGAGGCCUUCACUUCAUUUGUUUCGACUUCCUUCUCCAUAGUAUGUCCUUUGGAAUGAUUCCCAAUCAUAGUGAGGCCUAGAUCCUUGUCUUCAAUUGGUUUGAAACAACCUAUGACUUAUUUCUUCUCGUUUAUCAGGGUAACCUUGCCCGUUUCAAAUAGUUUAGCUUGAUCUUUGAUCUUUGACUUCGGAUAACUCUCUUCAAGUUCAUACUUCUUAAGCUUUUUCUUCUUGGCCUUGAAAAUAGUAGACACUUUGUAUAGCUCUUAUUCUUCUUCUUCUUAUCAUUAGGUCUCUCAUUUGUAAGCCUUGCCUUGCAAUCUACAGGUUCACCAUUCACUUGGAUGGGAUCAAACAUAGAUUUAAUGUUCACCCAUUCUAUUUCCAAGCUUGAUUGUGGGGUUGGUGUAGGAGUCACUGGCUCAAAAUCCUGAGCAACAUCUUCCCACUCACAGUAUUUGUGAAAAGAGGGGAUUGGAGUCGUGGUGUAUUUUAUCUCCUCUUGAUAGAUCCUUAGGGUUAUACGAUUGGCACUUACAUUAAUGAUGGUCCUUGCAGUUGCUAGAAUGGUGUCCCGAGGAUAAUAGGAGCAUCAUCGCAUCCUUUCAUAUCCAUGAUCAUGAAAUCCACUAGGUAGACAAAGUGAGAACAGUUCACAAGAACAUUCUCGACCAGUCCUUUAGGUGUUGCAACCGAUAGGUUGGAUAGUUCAACCUUCAUGCAUGUUGGUAUGAGAGGACCGAGGCCAAGUUCCUUAUAGAUCCUUUUGAGCAUGAUGUUGAUACUUGAGCCUAUGUCUGCAAGAGGCAUUUGUAACUUCUUAUCACCAUAUGUGCAUGGAUUUGUGAAGACUCAUUUAUCUCUUCUCUUGGGAGGUAGUCCCUUGCAAGUAAUCAUAGUUGACGAGACUGGAAUCAAAGAAACAAUGGAAACUUGUUCCAUCUUCCUCUUCCCAGACAAGAUCUCCUUCGGAAACUUUGUAUAAUUCGGUAGCUUCAUCACGACGUCUAGAAAUGGUACUAUGACCUUCAAUUGUUUUAGCAUGUCCUUCUAUUGCCCAUAUUCAUUAUGCGGUUUACUUUCAAAAUCUCUCUUUGGGUAUGGAAGGCUAGGAAGGUAAUCUGGUACGUUGUUCUUGACCUUCUCUUGAUCAUCUUCUUAUAUGUUCUCUUUUUGGUCAUUAAUAUCAAUUGAAACUUUCUUCUCUUCAUUUGACUCUUUGGUGUGUCCUUGGGCCUUCAGAAUGUUCAAUAUGGGAACCCUCGCCUUUGAUGGCGAUUCAACUUCUUUUGUAUCUUAAUUUUACCACUCCUAAGAGUAAUGGCAUGGCAUCGCUAUUUUGGGUUAGGGCUCCGUGUUUCUAGGUAAAGCUCCUUGAGGUCAGACCGCCAAUGCUCGAGCAAUAGUGCUCACUUGGGACACUAUGCUGUGCAAAAUGGCUUGUCGGUUUAUUUGACCUGCUUCUAACAUUAGAAAUCGUGUGGUGACAACCUCUACAAUCUUGUCAAUAGAUUCAACCUUUUGGAAGAGGUUGAUAUGAAUUGUCCCAUCAUAUCUUCUAGUUUCGCCAUUCGACCGUUGGAUGCUCACCCUUGUUCAGUAUACUAAGAUUUACUAGGAUGCUCUGAGGCUUCUUGAAGUUGCCUUUGUUCUGGAGCUUGAGUGGAUGAUUACCCUUAAAAAUUGGGAGGUUAUCUAUCCACGAGAGAGGACCACAAGAAGUUAGGGUGAUUCCUCCAUCUUAGGUUAUAGGUUGCACUAUAAGGAUUGUAUCCUCGUGGUUGACCUCCAACAAAGUUGGCUUAUUCGUGAAUUUCCAAGGCAACCACCAUGACUUGGCAUUCUUCAAGAUUAUGAGAAAAGGAUCUACACCAGUCGCACUUCAUCACUGUUAGAUGCUUCCUUGAACAACCAAGGUGACAAGGUCCAUUUUCCUUGUAACUUCUUGGAGUUGAGCAUAUAUGGAAGAUUGAUCAUCAACUUAAUGAAGACAUCCUCUUAUC